GUGUCACUAGCGUGAAGUUGCCGCCGGCGCAACAGUCUGAAGGUAGCCGCGAUACGCGUCACAGCCGCGUCAGCGUCGGCGGGCGCCCGCCUGGCAGCGGUUAGUUAACCGCGCGAUCACCAGGGCGCGCAGUGAUGCGCUGAGUGUCGCUGGUCGAACCGUUCGCGCGCCGCGUCGCGUCAGCCACCUGGUUCAUCGUCGUCGAGUACUGUCGUCGUCGUCGUUGCUGUCGUCAUUGUCCGCGUGUAGUCCGCUGUCGACGUAAGCGGUACGAAACGACCCGGCCGUUAACGGACACACGUCCUCAUUUUGCGCGAAUCACGUCCCCAUCGCCAUGGACGUUCUGCAGAGCGUCUCCCAAGAAGCGAUCUUCGUGGGCAUCGUGAUCGCCUACGUCAUUCUCGUGUUUUUCUUCGGCUUCAAGAAUGCCGAGCAACCGCCGUUCGCCAAGCUCUCCGCGGGCUCCGUCGUGAACCGGAAGCUCCCCAAGAAGCGCGUCAAGACUGCUAAUGGACAGGUUACGACCGAGAAAACAAGCCCAGCCAAGAAAACUGUAGUUGCAAAGGCAGAAGCUCCGAAGAAGACUACCGUCGCAAAAGACGACAUUGAUGGAAAGUUAAUGGAACGUAAGCAAGAGGAUAACAAGACUGCGACAAUUAAGAAGGAGAAGGAACAGGUUUCAGUUAAGGCUGGCAAAGAAAACAAGAUCGAGCAGGUGAAGAAUAAGAAAAAUUUGAAGAACUUGUUCCAAGAAAGACCAGCGGACUUUGAUGAUGGAGACUGGGAACAAGCUUACUCACGUAAGGAUAAGAAGAAUAAGAAGAAGGAAGAGGAAACUCCAUCAAAGAAGAGCAAAAAGACCCCUAAGAAGGCUGAUUUGAUAAACGAAGCCAAACAGAAAGAGCAAGAAAAGCUCGAAAUCAAGGAUCUCAAGGAAGCUGAGAACAAGGAACUCAAAGAGGAGAAGGAAGUGAUUCUUACACCUAUCUCUGACGAAGAAAUAGGCAAAGAAAAGGAACUUGAGAAGGAAGAGCAAAUCACAGAGCAGGUUGAAAAGAUCGAGAAAGUUGAGAAAGAAGAGAAAAAGGCUGGAAAGUCAAAGAAAAAUAAGAAAGUAUCCGAGGGCGAGAACACACCCGCUUCGGUGCCAUCCACACCCAAGUCCGACAUUAAAUCUGCCGCGGAAGAGCCGCAAGAAAAAGCCAUUAAUAAUGUGGAGAAAGUAGCCGAAAACAAUGCGGAGGAAAAUAAGGUGGUGCAAGAAAAAACCGCCGUGUUCGACGAGUUAGGAGACGUCUGGACAGAAGCGAAGCCUCAGAAGAAGAGCAAAAAGAAGGCUCGCAAGGAUAACUGAGGACGAUUACUUGCAACACAGUCAACGUUGUUCCUUGCAAAGAGCAACGGUGCGAGAAUUCUGCUCGGUCCGAAGGACGUUUGUCGCUUUCGACAACAAGUCAGGUGUGUUUCAAGUGACUUACUCUAAUCGACCGCCUGAUUGAAUCGUUCCUUUUCCCCCCUGUACAUAAUGCCAAUUGGACUAGAUUGUUCGAUCGAUUAUAAUUUCUUAGUUAUCUUCGUGACUUCGAUCGCGCGAGAGGAAGAAGAGUGGCAUGUAGGAUCGGAAACUCUUUUAUAUGGUUUUAUUGUUUUCCCUUAGUACAUCAGUCAGCUGCCUUGCAUUUAAUGAGAAAGUGGCAAUGAGUCAUCGUGGUUCUAGAUAACGGAUAAUUCUUGUAAACGUAUACACAUAAAAUUACGUAUAUACAUAAAAUUACGUAUAUACAUAAAAAUUAUGUAUAUACAUAAAAUUACGUAUAUACAUAAAAUUACGUUUCUUAGGCACCUUUCUACACAUGUCCAUAAUAGCUUAUUAUUAUGUCGUUUGUACAAUUAUAGUUCUAUGUGGUGGAUCUGUAUUUAAGAGAAAAAAAUGUCGUAAUUGUUAGGAAUGGUACUUAUACCAUUUAUGUUUUCUUUUUUUUUUUAUUUUUGUUGAGUAAUCUUGUAAGGGAUAUAUACUUUGUACAGUCGUAAUACGAUUCUCUUUGCAUUAAGUAAUAAGCAUAAUGCAACGGAAAUUUGGUGCGUAUUGUCAUUGUUGUUACUUAAACAAUCGGUUUUAAUCUGCUCAUCGAUACUUCGCGUCGCAUUCAUAUGCGUAUCGAACGGUUGACGGCCAAAACUCAGAAAGUACAUGUCUCGUAUCUCAGAGUGAUAUACAAAUUUUACGCAGGACAAUCCCUCGAGAAUGAUGAACGUAUAUUGCUGAUGUACAUAGUCGCUUCCUCAUGAAAUGUCAUAUUUUUCUACGUGUAAUUAGUAGAUGAGCGACGGAUUAUUUUCUGCUUCGAACGCGUGAGAACUCGAUUCAUUCUUGACAAUGUUUAACGUAUUCACGGAGUUUAACGUUCGCAUCGGGUACAUCAGUAAUAUAAGUCUCAAACGGAUUGGUACGGAUAAUGAAAUGGUGCGAACCGACGACAAAACUCGUCGCCUCAGUAAGACGCGGAAUAUCGACGAGAUGCUGAAAGUUGCGCGACGCAAAUGUGAUAACGUCGAUGAGUGAACCAAGGUAGAUCCCGAUUUGUGUCGAUGCACGUUUGUGCAACGGGACAAUGGUACGUGUGUAUACUCUUGCGCCUGCGGCUGUUGUGUCAGAAAACGAUCACGACGGUUCUCGUUAUUAAUCAUUGAUAAGGGCCAUCGGCUCGAAUGUGCAAUCUGUGCUCACAAUGAGACAGUUUGUCAUGCAGCCACAUUGCAGUUAUCUGUAAGACCUUGCGCGAGACGUGAGACGGUCUUGGGUGCAACAAUAUAAAAGUCGUAAUUUAAGAAACGAGAAUUACAAGAGAUAUAUCCUGCGAUAAUUGGCGAGAAAUUAUGACGAUCUUAUGAAAAACAAUUCGUUAGGUUUAACGUUAACGAUGUUGUUUGUGAAGAGAGGAAAUUUGCUGACAAUUGAAGCAGAUGAAGAUAUUUCGUACUUUUACCUUUGCGCAACGUUGUGUACACAAAUAAUUGUUGCAAGUAACGUUACAGAGAAGCACCACUAAUUUUAUUAUUAAAUCUGUUUUUUUUUUUCUUUUUGUUUCACUCUUGUACAUCGUGACGAUUUUACGCUUGCAAGCGUGAUUGAGUACUGGACAUGUUGGCUUUCACAUACUUGCGAUUGUUCGAAUUGCCAAUAUACAAAUACACAUCUUUUUCCACAUUGUCAUAGUCAUACGCUACGAUCAAGACGAGGAAAAUAUUAUUGCCAUAACGAUUAUACACUUACCACCAUUACAGAGAACAGUAGAUGUAACUUCAGCUUUUCUUUCGCAGACGAGCGUAGAGGCAGAAAAGAGAAUAACAAAAGGACGAUUGAAAUUAUAUUUUUGUAUAUAACUUGUUGCGUGCAACUGAAUUUUACACAUAGUUGCGUCGGGCAUUUUCAAACCGAAAUUAUUAAAUCUGCAGCAAGACUAUACGCUUGCGAUAAUCUUGCGAUACGUUCUCACGUAAAUAAUUCAACCGUUCAUUUCUCAUCUGCCACGUACAACAGAUAACGGCUCGACAUUUUAAUCGUGCAUUAAAAGCGAGGAUCUUGCGUAUUAUGUGUACAUACUUCGGUAAUGUUGCUGUCAAAGUGUGCUGCCGAUAUUUUGCGUUGUUUGCGUAGAUAUUGAACUCCGUAAAAGCCAAGAAAACGCUGCACAAGAGUGUUGCGCAUACAUCGGGUGUACAUCGCAGAUAAUCGAAAUUUUACAUUUCCAUCAAAGUAUCGUAGUUUAUAUUUUGUCACAGAGAAAGAAAGAGAUGUAGAGAAAGAGAUAUAAAGAGAAAAUAUUAAAAUGUAAAAAAGAAAAAGAAACAAGUUACACUCACGUGGACGAUUAGAUGUGAGUGAACAGAUUAUACUGUCGUUGUAGAAUACACGUUGUGACAACGCUCAUUCUAAAUAAUUUACACACUAAGAGCUAUAUGUGUAUACAUAUAUAUACAUAUGUAUAUGUAUAUAUAUAUACCUGUUAACGUGUAUAAUAUGUUAUUGUACGGAUAAUUUUAAGUGCGAAGGAGAAGAAUUUUAAAUAAGGAAAAGAGAGAGAAAGACAGAACGGGAAAGAGAGCGAGCGAGUGAGUGGGAGAGAGUGAGAUCACCUGAGAUGUAUGACAAUAUUGUGAUAAGCGUACUGUAUACCUGAGCAUUACUUGAAUGUUGCAAACGAACGCUAAAUCACUCUUAGCUUCUAUGUACGGAGAAUAAUCUUAGAGAAGUACCUACAUCUUGUUCGAAAAGCCAUUGAUAUUUUGUAUAUUGAACCUUAAUGUAUUUACACACGCAAAAGUACACGCGUACACGAACGAAUAAACAAGGAGACAAACACACAUACAAACAUGUAUAUAUACGUACAUGCACACUCAUAAUACAUUCACACAAGAUCACAGCAGAUGUACAGCAAGACAAGAAGCUCUAGACGUUACACAUACUUUCGCGCGGGGAUCCGUCGUGCGCUAAUCGCGUAAGAGGGAAUCGCGAGGAGAGCUUACCAACAGAACACUGAGAGCUUGAAUUGUGUAAACCCGCGAGAUCGAAUCGCUUCUGUCGACCGUGUGUGUGUGUGUGUGUGUGUGCAUGUAUCGUUCGCGUGCCAAAAAGUAUCGUUUCCUCUGCAUCACGUCCGAAGCUGAAUUUCAUACAAUAAUUCGUGGAUACCGCGAGAGCGGACAAGCGAAAGGGAGACAGAGAGGAAGAGAGAUUUAGCGAUGCUAUUUAUGGCUAUCCCGUGUAUUCUUUUAUGAUCGAUCGAGUCACUGCGUGGACUGUGUGGAAAAUUUCCUCUUAUCGGCACACAUGGCUUGUGACAUCCUCUGUCUUUGUGCGCGGUACUACGUGGCUCCGUUACUCAUGAUCACCGGGCGACGUCGAUUUAACGGUAGUUAGCGCUAAUCCAGCAAUUACCCGAGUAGCUAGUUUAAUUCGCGCGAUAGCCGCGACUGUGUGGCCAUCUUGCUCGUACUUGUUUUUCUCUAUUACACCUCUGUAAUAUCGUAUUACCUCGAGAGUCGUCGCCUGUGCGCGCGUCGAUCGAAGGGGAACGGAAUAUAUGCGAAGGCGAUGCCGCGCACCGCCAAGGUGAGAGAUAUUGCGAGCAGUAUCGAACUGAAAUGAAAGCAAAAUCCCAAAGCAUCGUGUGUCCGUCAGCGAAUACAAACGGGUGACGGGUCAGCCUCGACGACUGCGUGUUAACACGUCGACUGCCCGACGAGUGGCUUGCGUGUCUCUGACGCAGAGCGCAGCUGGAGAUUCUCGCUAGCGCGAGGCGUGUUUUGGCUAGAUAUUGCGUAAUACGAUCAAAUGAUAUCUUCAUGACGCGUAUUUAUCUCAUCGGGGUCAGGCCGAGUCUCUCUCUCUCUCCCACGGCAGUCAACAUGUUAAAAAUCGCUCGGUGUCGCGCGGGCAUUCUCAGAAUGUCCGAUCGAUCAAGAUAUGCGAGAGCACGCGUGAAUUUUCAAUUUUUCAAUACUGACAACACAGCCCUGAAGCGAUUCAAUACCGCUCGCAAUGAUACGUGGACCCGAUCCGCGUUGGUUCCAGUCGGGCCAGUUAGCCGAGUACUUAACGCUCACGCGAGGAAGGGCGGAGGAAAGCCAAGAGAAGCAUAAUCCGACGAUUAUGGAGAGGCACCGUGCAAGUCGGUGUAUUUUUCUAACGAGUUCCCAAAGCCGCACCGCGCUUGCCUGCGUCGCGGAUACGUGGCGAAGCGUAGUCGCGUCUGGCGGACACGUGUAUCUUCGUGAUCUCGAGCCCGGUCGUAUGACGGGGACACGCUCGUCGCCGUCGCGAGGUUCUCUCUCUCUCUCUCUCUCUCUCUCUCUCUCUCUCUUUCUCUCUCGAAACGGGGAGAGGGAGAGAAGCCUCAUCGUCUCUCGGCGAGAUUCUCCCAGGAAAAUCGAUCGGGAACGAGAAGCGUAAAGGCGAACUAAGUAUAAUUGCCGCGAGCAAGUAUUAUUGCCACUGUACAUAUGUAUGUUAACGCGAGCAGUGUUGCCCCUCUGUUGAGUGUGUAUGUGUGCAAUUGCGUUUUACGUUUCAUAUCGUCGGCGGACAGUCUCCAUGACGGUGGAGAUCGUCCGGUGCGUCUUCUCU